CACAUGUCAUAUUAGCAUGACAAUAAAACGUCACAACACAACGUUUGAAUGUUGAUUUUGUGAUUUAAACAUCACAACAGUGAAUAGUGUGGAAUUUAUGGCAAGUUUUGGCCUCUUAGCAUACUCUCAAAAGAAGACUUAACUCUGUCGGAGCUGCCAACUAUUAAAAUGGCGGUAAAUACCAAAACAUCGUUCAUAUUGGCUUUCAUCAGUGGUGUACUCUUGUUCUCGUCAAUGCAGAUGUGGAAAGCCUGGUUUGCCGCCUCAAGUCACCAAACUUUGCUUGGUGGGCUUCUCGGUUCAUUUCUUUUCACCUUUACGUUAACUGCUAUAGGAAACUGCGAAACCCUGUUCUUUGGAAAGUCUUACACCCUUGGACUAUUUCCUGAAGUUGUUCUGGCUCUUGUGAUGGCAGUAUCAGCAGCAGCAAGUGUUCAUCGAGUAGCUGGUACAUUCUGUUUUCUCUUAUCACUGCUAUCCUUAUUUUAUCUGAACAACUAUUCGCAAAAGGUAUACGGCCAUGUAGCUCCCCAACCUAUUCCCACAGGAAAGAAAAAGAAGCAUUUAUAAGUAUUAUCUACUUUACAAUUAAAUUCUUCCUAAUAGUAUAUUAAUAAAAUAUAACAUACUAAUAAUAUGGCUUGUAAAGAUCUGAAUCCGAGAGGAUGUCUUGCGUCUGAUUUUCAGAGUUUUCUCAAGAUUUGAAUGUGGUUGUAAAUGCAUUUUUCUACUGAUUAAAGUAUUGAUACUCA